AAGGAACGAGGUUAGCCUUUGUUAGCCUGAGUUUGGCUGAGGACGAAGCCGCACGAACACAUGGCAUCUAUGCGCGCCCUCGUCGCUGCUGAGUCGACCCACCACCGUCCCUCGUCCUACUGGUCGGUUAUGAUUAAUCUCCGAGCGAAUGCAGCCUUGUCCCGUGCUCGCAUUCCCCGCUGUGACAGUGAGCCACUAGCAUGCCGGUGUCCCGGACGCCAUCUUCCAGCCUGAUACAGAACCGCACAAGUUCAGGAUGUAUUUCAACCGGCGAUCGAAGAAGAUCCACAGCGAGGGCGGACCCUCUUGCUCAUCCGCCGGCUACCACAAGGCAGAUGAUGAGAUGUCUGGGACUACUUCUCAGGCGGAUCCCACAGAUGCCACGGCGCGGACGAUUCUGCUCAACCAACCUCAGAACACCAAGUUCUGUGAUAACCAUGUGAGUACCACUAAGUACGGCGUGCUCACCUUCCUGCCUCGUUUCCUGUACGAGCAGAUCCGCCGGGCCGCCAAUGCCUUCUUCCUCUUCAUCGCCCUGAUGCAGCAAAUCCCUGAUGUGUCUCCUACGGGUCGCUACACCACUCUGGUACCACUCAUCUUCAUCCUCACUGUGGCCGGGAUCAAAGAGAUCAUAGAGGACUAUCAAAGACACAAGGCAGACAACACAGUCAACAAGAAAAAGACCACAGUUCUGAGGAAUGGAGCCUGGCAGACUGUCAUAUGGAAACAGGUGGCAGUAGGAGACAUAGUGAAGGUGACCAAUGGGCAGCAUCUUCCAGCUGACAUGGUCAUAGUGUCCUCCAGUGAGCCUCAGGCCAUGUGUUAUACUGAGACCUCCAACCUGGACGGAGAAACCAACCUGAAAAUCAGACAGGGUCUCCCUCUCACAGCUAGUCUCCAGUCUCUGGAGGAGCUGAUGGGUCUCUCUGGCCGUCUGGAGUGUGAAGAGCCCAACAGACACCUGUAUGACUUCACUGGGACUCUAUACCUGGACAACCAAAAUGCGGUUCCUCUGGGUCCUGACCAGGUGCUGCUGCGAGGUGCCCAGCUCAGGAACACACAAUGGGUUGUGGGUAUUAUAGUCUACACUGGACAUGACUCCAAACUGAUGCAGAACUCGACCAAGGCCCCUCUGAAGCGUUCUAACGUGGAGCGGGUGACCAAUGUCCAGAUCCUGGUGCUGUUCUGCAUCCUCCUGGUGAUGGCGCUAGUGAGCUCUAUAGGAGCCUCCAUCUGGAACAAACAACACACUGAGGAGGCCUGCUGGUACCUGUCACGCGCCGGUGACAUCUCCACUAACUUUUGGUAUAACCUGCUGACCUUCAUCAUCCUCUACAACAACCUCAUCCCCAUCAGCCUGCUGGUCACUCUGGAGGUCGUCAAGUUCACACAGGCACUCUUCAUCAACUGGGAUGUGGAGAUGUACUACGCGGAGACAGACACACCCGCCAUGGCUCGAACGUCCAAUCUCAACGAAGAACUGGGCCAGGUGAAGUAUCUGUUUUCUGAUAAGACAGGAACUCUCACCUGUAACGUCAUGCACUUCAAGAAGUGUACCAUCGCUGGGAUCACAUACGGCCACUUCCCUGACCUGGAUGUUGAUCGUUCCAUAGAGGACUUCAGUCCCCUGCCGUCCAGCAGUCUUAACUCCACAGAGUUUGAUGACCCCACUCUCAUCCAGAACAUUGAGAAGAACCAUCCGACCUCUGCUCAAAUCUGUGAGUUCCUGACGAUGAUGGCGGUGUGUCACACCGUGGUCCCAGAGAGAGAGGAGGACCAGCUUAUUUACCAGGCCUCCUCGCCAGAUGAAGGAGCUCUGGUGAAAGGAGCCAAAGGUCUGGGCUUCGUUUUCACAGCAAGGACUCCUGGCUCCGUUAUCAUGGAAGCUAGGGGGAAGGAGAAGAGUUUUGAGCUGCUGAAUGUGCUGGAGUUUUCAAGUAACCGUAAGCGCAUGUCUGUAGUUGUCCGAACCCCCGAUGGGAAACUGCGUCUGUACUGCAAGGGAGCAGAUAAUGUGAUCUUUGAGCGUCUCACUGAUUCGUCUCAGUACAAAGAGUUGACCAUGGCACAUCUGGAACAGUUCGCAACCGAGGGUCUGCGGACUCUGUGUUUUACCUAUGUUGAUCUGGAGGAGGGGGUAUACCAGGAGUGGCUGAAGGAGUACACCCGGAUUAGCACUAUCAUCAAAGACCGGGCCCAGAAACUAGAGGACUGCUAUGAACUGCUGGAGAAGGUAAGAGUUAAGACAGGUCCAGAGAGGUGUGGUGAGAGGACAGGUCCAGAGAGGUGUGGUGAGAGGACAGGUCCAGAGAGGUAUGGUGAGAGGACAGGUCCAGAGGACAGGUCCAGAGGACGGGUCCGGAGAGGUGUGGUGAGAGGACGGGUCCGGAGAGGUGUGGUGAGAGGACGGGUCCGGAGAGGUGUGGUGAGGAGGACGGGUCCGGAGAGGUGUGGUGAGAGGACGGGUCCGGAGAGGUGUGGUGAGAGGAAGGGUCCGGAGAGGUGUGGUGAGAGGACGGGUCCGGAGAGGUGUGGUGAGAAGACGGGUCCGGAGAGGUGUGGUGAGAGGACGGGUCCGGAGAGGUGUGGUGAGAGGACGGGUCCGGAGAGGUGUGGUGAGAGGACGGGUCCGGAGAGGUGUGGUGAGAGGACGGGUCCGGAGAGGUGUGGUGAGAGGACGGGUCCGGAGAGGUGUGCUUGCCCUCUCCAGGCAACACGUGCCACCCUGACAGCUCACUGUAUGUCUCUGGGUGACUCUCUGGGGAAGGAGAAUGAGUUGGCUCUGAUCAUCGAUGGACAGACCCUGAAAUACGCCCUGUCCUUCGAGCUCCGCCAAGCCUUCCUAGACCUCGCCCUGUCCUGCAAGGCCGUCAUCUGCUGCAGGGUGUCUCCCCUCCAGAAGUCUGAGAUAGUGGACAUGGUGAAGAAGCAUGUGAAGGCCAUCACUCUGGCCAUAGGAGAUGGGGCCAAUGACGUGGGCAUGAUCCAGACUGCCCAUGUAGGAGUUGGCAUCAGUGGCAACGAGGGCAUGCAGGCAACCAACUCCUCGGACUACUCCAUCGCACAGUUUUCCUACCUAGAGAAGUUGUUGCUGGUCCAUGGGGCGUGGAGUUAUAACCGUGUCACUAAGUGUAUUCUCUACUGUUUCUAUAAGAAUGUGGUUCUCUACAUCAUAGAGCUGUGGUUUGCCUUUGUGAACGGCUUCUCUGGACAGAUCCUGUUUGAACGCUGGUGUAUCGGCCUCUACAACGUGAUCUUCACAGCGCUGCCUCCCUUCACUCUGGGGAUCUUUGACCGGCCAUGCAGUCAGCAGAACAUGCUCCGCUUCCCCCAGCUAUACAGCAUCACCCAGAACGCUGAGGGGUUCAACACCAAGGUGUUUUGGGGUCACUGUAUAAAUGCUCUGAUCCAUUCCAUUAUUCUCUUCUGGUUUCCACUCAAAGUUCUAGAACAUGACAGUCCUUUCAACAACGGUCAUGGUACUGACUACCUGUUUGUGGGGAACAUUGUGUACACGUAUGUGGUAGUAACAGUGUGUUUGAAAGCUGGUAUGGAAACCACUGCCUGGACCAGGUUCUCCCACCUGGCGGUGUGGGGCAGUAUGAUUCUCUGGGUGCUCUUCUUCACGGUCUACUCUGCUUUCUGGCCGUCCAUCCCCAUCGCUCCUGACAUGCAAGGCCAGGCUGACAGGGUGAUGCACUGCUGGCACUUCUGGCUGGGGCUGGUCCUGGUGCCAGCAGCCUGUCUGCUCAAAGACUUUGCCUGGAACGCGGGUCGUCGCACUGUGAAGAAGUCUCUUCUGGAAGAGGUCCAGGAGCUGGAGGCCAGGGCUGUUGACCCGGGGGCCGCUGUGCUCCGAGACGCCAGCGGACGCAGUCUGAACGAGCGUGCCCACCUGUUGACCCGGGUCUUUAGGAAAACACCGUCCAAUGUGGGGUGCAAAAACUCUGUGCAGCAGAGCAACGUGUCCCAUGGCUAUGCCUUCUCCCAGGAGGAACAUGGGGUGGUGUCUCAGUCCCAGGUGUGUCGAUCCUACAACACCACCCGCCAACGGCCCAGUGUCUAGCCCCACCGCCCAAGGCCCACCUGGCUACGGGGCUCUUGGCAACGGUUGCCCAGGCAACAGAGGAGACAGACUGAUGCUAAGGGAUCACCCCUGCUGUGGCCUUAUUGGAACUUAUACUGACUUUUACCUGGGACCUUGACCCCUGGAGGCCGUUGCUCGGCAUGGAACACUGACUAAAGGGAAGGGACCAGACCCGUCUGUACUGUCCAAACUGGUCUACGCUCUUGCUGACUCACAUACACACACACACACACACCAAUAGAGCAGACACACAGGCACGAGUAAUCACAACCACACAAACAGACAUAAUAAAUCAACCACAGAGACUGUAAUGUGUAUCUAAUUAUAGCAUGGACUGGGUUUAGUUUACACAUCAGUGCGUCUUUGUCCGUGUGUAUGUCUGCACUUGUCUGUGCUACUGUGUGUGUGUGUGUGUGUGUGUGUGGCUAUACUCCCUCUCAUCUUGCACUCCUGAGCCGGUGUUUAGCUCAUCCGUCAUCACCGUGACGAUGGGGGAAGGAAGGAGGAGGAGGGGCACUUUGAAAUAAAGACUGAACAUAUACUGGCCCAGGAGGAAUUCCUAUCUGAGAGCUGAAGAGAAGAGAGCCCCACUGCCAAAGAUCACAGAGAUGCCACUGAGGGGGAACCCCCACCCAUACUGACCACUACUCUACAAGGACCCAUACAGACCACUACUCUACAAGGACCCCCACCCAUACUGACCACUACUCUACAAGGACCCCUACCCAUACUGACCACUACUCUACAAGGACCCCUACCCAUACUGACCACUUCUCUACAAGGACCCCUACCCAUACUGACCACUUCUCUACAAGGACCCCCACCCAUACUGACCACUACUCUACAAGGAUCCCUACCCAUAUUGACCACUACUCUACAAGGACCCAUACUGACCACUACUCUACAAGGACCCCCACCCAUACUGACCACUACUCUACAAGGAUCCCUACCCCUAUUGACCACUACUCUACAAGGACCCAUACUGACCACUACUCUACAAGGACCCCCACCCAUACUGACCACUACUCUACAAGGACCCCCACCCAUACUGACCACUACUCUACAAGGACCCCUACCCAUACUGACCACUACUUUACAAGGACCCCCACCCAUACUGACCACUACUUUACAAGGACCCCCACCCAUACUGACCACUACUCUACAAGGACCCCCACCCAUACUGACCACUACUCUACAAGGACCCCUACCCAUACUGACCACUACUCUACAAGGACCCCCACCCAUAUUGACCACUACUCUACAAGGACCCCUACCCAUACUGACCACUACUCUACAAGGACCCCCACCCAUAUUGACCACUACUCUACAAGGACCCCCACCCAUACUGACCACUACUCUACAAGGACCCACACCCAUACUGACCACUACUCUACAAGGACCCCUACCCAUACUGACCACUACUUUACAAGGACCCCCACCCAUACUGACCAGUACUCUACAAGGAUCCCCACUUCCCUCUCUGGCUCAGCGACCUCAUAUCUCUCCCCCCUCUCAUCUGCGGGACGUCUCCUCUACCUGCUUGGUUGAAUGUGUUUUCUGUUGUAUAGGGGCACUCCUGUGAUUCCUGCGAAUCCUGGCUGUCUCCCCCAGGAGGUCAGGUCAGCAGCAGCCUAAUUUGUAGCGGUUUGUUGGGUUCUCAAUUCAUCCAUGGACUUCUUUUGUUGUUGAAUAAAUGGACUUGUCCUUUUCUUUUAA